UUUCCAGAAGACGUAGGCAGUGCCGCCGGCCACGCUGAGCAGUCUCCGGGUACUCUGCGUGCCGAGGCUCCUCCUCCUCCUCCUCUGCUGGGUCAGCUAUGGCGGCUGUGAAGACCCUGAACCCCAAGGCCGAGGUGGCCCGAGCCCAGGCGGCAUUGGCGGUCAACAUCAGCGCGGCGCGGGGGCUUCAGGAUGUGCUGAGGACCAAUUUGGGGCCCAAGGGCACCAUGAAAAUGCUCGUUUCUGGUGCUGGAGACAUCAAGCUUACUAAAGAUGGCAAUGUGCUCCUUCAUGAAAUGCAAAUCCAGCACCCUACAGCCUCCUUAAUAGCCAAAGUAGCAACAGCCCAGGAUGACAUAACUGGUGAUGGUACCACUUCCAAUGUUCUAAUCAUUGGGGAGCUGCUGAAACAGGCGGAUCUCUAUAUUUCUGAAGGUCUUCAUCCCAGAAUAAUAACAGAAGGAUUUGAAGCUGCAAAGGAAAAGGCACUUCAGUUUUUGGAACAAGUCAAAGUAAGCAAAGAAAUGGACAGGGAAACGCUUGUAGAUGUGGCCAGAACAUCUCUGCAUACUAAAGUUCAUGCUGAACUUGCUGAUGUCUUAACAGAGGCUGUUGUGGACUCCAUUUUGGCCAUUAGAAAACAAGAUGAACCUAUUGAUCUCUUCAUGAUUGAGAUCAUGGAGAUGAAACAUAAGUCUGAAACUGAUACAAGCUUAAUCAGAGGUCUUGUUUUGGACCAUGGGGCACGGCAUCCUGAUAUGAAAAAAAGAGUAGAAGAUGUAUACAUCCUGACAUGCAAUGUGUCAUUAGAAUAUGAAAAAACAGAAGUGAAUUCUGGCUUUUUUUACAAGAGUGCAGAAGAGCGAGAGAAACUAGUAAAAGCUGAAAGGAAAUUCAUUGAAGAUAGAGUUAAAAAAAUAAUAGAACUGAAAAAGAAAGUCUGUGGUGAUUCAGAUAAAGGAUUUGUUGUUAUUAAUCAAAAGGGAAUUGACCCUUUUUCUCUAGAUGCUCUUGCUAAAGAAGGCAUAGUAGCUCUCCGCAGAGCCAAAAGGAGAAAUAUGGAAAGGCUGACUCUUGCUUGCGGUGGCAUACCUCUAAAUUCUCUUGAUGACCUGAGUCCUAAUUGUUUGGGACAUGCAGGACUGGUCUAUGAGUAUACAUUGGGAGAAGAGAAGUUCACCUUUAUUGAGAAAUGUAACAAUCCACGCUCUGUCACAUUAUUGGUCAAAGGACCAAAUAAGCACACACUUACUCAAAUCAAAGAUGCAAUAAGAGAUGGCUUGAGGGCUGUUAAAAAUGCUAUUGAUGAUGGCUGUGUAGUUCCAGGUGCUGGUGCAGUGGAAGUAGCAAUGGCAGAAGCCCUGAUUAAGUACAAGCCCACUGUCAAGGGCAGAGCCCAACUUGGAGUUCAAGCCUUUGCUGAUGCACUGCUCAUUAUUCCCAAGGUUCUUGCUCAGAACUCUGGUUUUGAUCUUCAGGAAACACUAGUUAAAGUUCAAGCAGAACACUCAGAAUCAGGUCAACUUGUGGGUGUCGACUUGAACACAGGUGAGCCAAUGGUAGCAGCAGAAGUAGGCAUAUGGGAUAACUAUUGUGUAAAGAAACAGCUGCUUCACUCCUGCACUGUGAUUGCUACCAACAUUCUCCUGGUUGAUGAGAUCAUGAGAGCUGGAAUGUCCUCUCUCAAAGGUUGAAUUGAAGCUUCCUUUGUAUUAGAAUCAUGAAGACUUUCCAGAGUGAUCCAAAGAGUACAGCUAUGGAAUUUUGGGGCAUCAAAUGAUUUUCAAAGGAAUUUUCUUUUUCCAUAUGAAAAAAGGAGAGAACAGUGGCACCUAUUCAAAUUCUGAAGUUCUGAAGUUAAAAUUACAGUAUUUUUUAAUUGCACUGCACUAUAUACACAUAAAACAGGCUGUUUUUACCCAGUGAACAGGAUGUAUUGCUUUUGCUUCAGUGAUAACAAAAAUACAUGUUAUCUACCUUGUUAUUAAAUAUUCCUUGAAGAACAAA